UUUGGGUGAGCGUGGGUUUUCAGAUGCGUAUGACUUACAGUCCUUGGAAAUGGUUGGUAUUGUUAGUGGCCCUCAAGUGUUCUGAAGCAUCUUCUGAUUUGGAAAAAUCUACUAAUUCUACUGCUCAGCAUGAAACUAAUGUUCGGUUUGCUGCUGCCAGCUCAGAACCAGAUGAGAAGAUAUCUGUCUUUGCACUGGAUUAUGACUAUGUGCAAAUUCCUUAUGAGGUCACCCUCUGGAUUCUUCUAGCAUCUCUUGCAAAAAUAGGCUUUCAUAUCUACCACAGACUACCGGGCCUCAUGCCAGAAAGCUGCCUCCUCAUCACCGUUGGGGUCCUGGUGGGUGCCAUCAUCUUUGGCACUGACCACAAAUCACCUCCCGUCAUGGAUUCAAGCAUCUACUUCCUGUAUCUCCUUCCACCCAUUGUCCUGGAGGGUGGUUAUUUCAUGCCCACAAGACCAUUCUUCGAGAACAUUGGCUCCAUCCUGUGGUGGGCAGGCCUGGGGGCCCUGAUCAAUGCCUUUGGAAUUGGCCUCUCGCUCUACCUCAUUUGUCAGAUUAAGGUCUUUGGCCUCAGCGACGUCAGUCUGCUUCACAAUCUGCUCUUUGGCAGCCUGAUCUCUGCUGUGGACCCCGUGGCUGUGCUGGCGGUGUUCGAGGAGGCCCGGGUUAAUGAACCGCUCUACAUGAUGAUCUUCGGGGAGGCCCUGCUCAAUGAUGGCAUCAGUGUGGUCUUAUACAAUAUACUAAUUGCCUUCACAAAGAUGCAUAAAUUUGAAGACAUUGAACCUGUUGACAUUUUGGCUGGAUGUGCCCGGUUCAUUAUUGUGGGGGUUGGAGGAGUAUUUUUUGGCAUAGUUUUUGGAUUCAUUUCUGCGUUCAUCACACGGUUCACUCAGAAUAUCUCUGCUAUUGAACCACUCAUCGUCUUCAUGUUUAGCUAUUUGUCCUACUUGGCAGCUGAGACUCUCUAUCUCUCCGGGAUCCUGGCAAUCACAGCCUGUGCAGUGACCAUGAAAAAGUAUGUAGAAGAAAAUGUGUCCCAGACAUCCUAUACAACCAUCAAGUAUUUCAUGAAGAUGCUGAGCAGUGUCAGUGAGACCCUGAUCUUCAUCUUCAUGGGUGUAUCCACUGUUGGGAAGAAUCAUGAGUGGAACUGGGCCUUCAUCUGCUUCACCCUGGUCUUCUGUCAGAUCUGGAGAGCCAUCAGUGUAUUUUCUCUCUUCUACAUAAGUAACCAGUUUCGGACCUUCCCCUUCUCCAUCAAGGACCAGUGCAUAAUUUUCUACAGUGGUGUUCGAGGAGCUGGAAGUUUUUCACUUGCAUUUUUGCUUCCUCUGUCUCUUUUUCCUAGGAAGAAGAUGUUUGUCACUGCUACUCUAGUAGUUAUAUAUUUUACUGUAUUUAUUCAGGGAAUCACGAUUGGUCCUCUAGUCAGAUAUCUGGAUGUUAAAAAGACCAAUAAAAAAGAAUCCAUUAAUGAAGAGCUUCAUAUCCGUUUAAUGGACCAUUUGAAGGCAGGAAUUGAAGACGUGUGUGGCCAAUGGAGUCAUUACCAAGUGAGAGAUAAGUUCAAAAAGUUUGAUCAUAAAUAUUUAAGGAAAAUACUAAUCCGAAAGAACCUGCCAAAGUCAAGCAUUGUUUCAUUGUAUAAGAAGCUGGAAAUGAAGCAAGCUAUUGAGAUGGUCGAGACAGGAAUACUGAGUUCUACUGCCUUUUCCAUACCUCAUCAGGCCCAACGAAUACAAAGAAUCAAAAGGCUUUCCCCAGAAGAUGUGGAGUCCAUGAGGGAAAUUCUGACACAUAACAUGUACCAAGUCCGACAAAGGACACUGUCUUACAACAAAUACAAUCUCAAGCCACAAACAAGUGAGAAGCAAGCGAAAGAGAUUCUGAUUCGACGCCAGAACACUUUACGAGAGAGUAUGAGGAAGGGCCACAGCUUGCCAUGGGGAAAGCCGACUGGUCCCAAAAACAUCCGCUACCUCUCCUUCCCCUAUAGUAACCCUCAGUCAGCAAGAAGAGAUGAGAGAAUUGCUGAAUUCACAGAUAAUGAAAGCAGUGAUUCAGAAUUAUUGUCCAUUAUGUUCAACCCACACUCUCGGACAGAGUCACAUCAAGUAAAUCAACUGACACAAGAAAUCAUUCCAAUGAAGAGUUUACACAGAAGAGAGAAACCACCCAACUUUGGCUAUCGAAGAAAUGCAAGCCUGGAAGAACAUGUUGCAGGAGGUAGAAGGGUGGCUAUAAGGCCCAGACCACUCUUUCAUGCAGUAAGUGAGGAGUAUGAGUCUGGAGAGGAAAGUGAGGAAGACACCUCUGCAACUCGGUCAAGAUGGUCUGCUGAGCACAGACACAUCAGGGACCAUCACAAGUCCCACAGCCCUUUGCUCCAGAGAAAAUAGUUUUCUGAUCCACAAGGCUGUGUAUUUUCCAGAGUUCAUCUUCCUAGUGAG